AUGCCGGCCUCGAGGGUGCAUCCGGGCACAAUGGCAAUGGUGGUCGUUGUGGACGUGAUCAGCCCUCUUGCGCAGAAGACAAUCUCCUCCUCGCCCACGGAGGCCUCUGCAGUGGAGCGCCUCGAGAUUGAUGUUGAUGUUGUGCCCUAUACCACAACGGCAGACAUGGUGCUCGCUGAUGUGGCGGUGGCUCUGCAGGAGAAGGGGCUGACCAUGUGUAUUUCCCUCCAGGAAGCCGUAUUGGCAUCAGGGAGCGUAUUACCUCCGCUGACUUGGUUGCAGCAAGCCAUGGGGGCCAAUGACAGCAGCGGCUCAGACAGGCGGCAAGUCUCAUCGACUCUGUCUAUUGAAUGCAGCUAUGCAGUGGCUGUGCAGCACGCACAGAACUCCGCAGACUCCCACCAGAUGCUCGCUACGGCGCCCCCGUUGCGGUCCUCACUAGUGCUUCACAGAGGGGGCGACUACAUUCUGGAGGACGUGGAAAGACCCCUCAGCCAGCCAACUGCCGUCUUGUCGGUCGUGCCUCGGUCGAUGGAGGUCACCAGCAGCAUUGCAGGCAGGGCACCUGCCCAGGCAGCACCUCCUAUCACGUCUUUCCUCGACGUACUGACAGGACCCCCUGCGUCAGAGAAUGGCGCUGUGGAGGCAAACGGGGCACCGCGCGCCCCUUAUGCUCCGCCGCCGUCUCCCCUACGAGGCGGCGCGCCAACGACGAUCGCCUCCAGCGUGGUUAGUGGCGGCGAUCUGGCGCCUGUCUCUCAGCAUACCACAGCUUCCGUCACCGUGAGCAAAGCUAUCACAGACGUCAGCCGAGACGUGCGCUCGUCCAUGUCUUCUCUGGCUCUCGGCUCUACCGCCCCGCCUCUUCUGCCACCGCCCCCUCUCCCGGAGAAGCAGCCACCAGUACUCGUCGUGGCCCUUCGCCACCUGCAGGCCCAGCAUGCACAGGUGCUGGCCCCUGACGCUCAACAUCACGACGGCUCUCCAAACGCCAGCACCUCUGUUGCCGCUCCUGCAGAGGAGCAGAAGCACCUGCAGCCCACCCUUUCCUGGGCCGCGACCGAGGCUGCCGUACAGGCGGAGGUGGAGUGUCUGCAGGGAGAGCGCGCGCUCACUGCAAAGGAGGAAGAGGGAGAGGCAUCGCCAGCAGCGAGCAGGCACGCUAAUACGAGUCUCGACGAGACCGCCGGUGGCGAUACCCAAAGCGGGGGUGGGCGCGGCCGGCAGGACGGCGAGACGGCCUCAGGACGAUUCUCUCAGCCCCAACUCCGAGCGCAGUGGCUUGCGGCAGUCGGAGAGGAGAUUUGUGCCUAUCAACGCGAGACAGCAGUGCUGCGCCAGGCGACGAAGAAAGCGCUCCAAUGGCGAGAGUCGUCGAGGCAGCAGUUGCGGGAGGAGAUUGCGCGACUGGAGGCGGAGGCGGCUCAGCGCAGUGCGGUGCUGGCAGAGCGCGACGUGUUGCGGCGUCGCGUGGGGCAACUGGAGGCGCAGGUGGCUGCUGUGAAGGCGGCGGAGGUGGAACUGCUUGUGACGCAGAGGGCCGCCGCCGUGUUUCCGCCAGUAUCAGCGAAGGAUGAGCACGCAGGUGGAGAUCUUCGAGCGUCAAGCAGCUCUGUCAAGUCGCCCCGACAGUGUGUGAUAGCGGCGGCUGCGAAGGCCGCCCUCGAGUCUUUCCGUGACGCUUCCACAUCAGAGUAUAGCAACUUCUCUGAGCAUUCGCCGCCACGGCCACCUGAGCCAACGUCGCCGCCGCCCCCACAGGCAUGCCGCUCAGUGCCCCUCGUAGACGUAGAUGGCACAGGAGUCAGCAGGAGUGCACAUCGCUGGUCCGGCAGACGCGUUCCACUCCUCUAUGGCGAUACGGCAGCGGCGCCAACGGCAAGCACGGAAUAUCCACUACGUGAGGCACAACAGCGACCCUCGCGCAGUCGGAGCCGAUUCACUAUAGAGCGCAGCUUCCUGUCAUCGUCCCUCCAGGCUGAGGUGCGGGCAGCGCUGACGAGCGACAGCGAAUCCGGUUCGUUCGUCAUGGACAGCCUCAGCGACAGCGCGGAGAGCGCAGAGGCAGCGGGGGCCAGCGGUAGCGGCUGUGGCUACGCUGUGACUGCGGUGAAGGGAGAGGCGGCGCUGCAGCCGCCUGGGGCGGGGGUGCGACGGCGAAGGCAGCGCUCGACUACUACUGUGAGUCACAUUGCAUCCGGUGCGGCGUCUGAGCUGCUCCCCGCUUCGUGGAUGAGUGUGAAUGCCGCUGCUCCUCCUGCGGCUGCUGCUGCCGUCGGGGCAACUCCGUUCCGCACGACCAUCCGAACAGCACCAUCAUCUGCCCACCCGGUCAUUCUCUCCGCAACGUCUUCGCAUCCGUACAGAGGCGCACAGCUGCGGCCCCUCUCUUCAUCUUUUUCCUGUGAUGGAGACUCAUGUGAUGGGGGUGCGCGGCAGGCGUUCAUUUCCUCCGGGGCGUCAUCUGAUGAGGCAGUGGAGGAGCCGCGUCGUGUGACAGCUGCGCUCCGUCGCCCCAGCCGUGACCUGCAGUCGCACCCCUCAGAAGGGCAGCGGCUGCGGGAGCAGGUGCGCGGCUUGCAUGAGGAGAUUGAGCGAGGUGAUGAAGACGUCACGCGGCAGGGGGUCAGCCUCUAUCGACAGCCGCGGAGAAGAAUGGCUAGGACGAGGACGGGUGCCUCUGGUGCCAGUCGCAGCGCCACUGCCCCCCAUCACGGCCUCAUGGACAGGCAUUUUGCCCCCGCCGCGCUGGGCGACGAUGUGCUGUGA